UUGUCCUUCUCCCAUGCAGGCCCACCAACAUCAUCACUAUGACUGAUGGAGACUAUGAUUAUCUGAUUAAACUCCUGGCCCUUGGAGACUCAGGAGUAGGAAAGACAACAUUUCUUUAUAGAUACACAGACAAUAAAUUCAAUCCCAAAUUCAUCACUACAGUGGGAAUAGAUUUUCGGGAAAAACGUGUGGUUUAUGACACACACGGAGCAGAUGGCUCUUCAGGAAAAGCGUUUAAGGUACACCUGCAGCUUUGGGACACUGCUGGACAAGAGCGGUUCCGGAGUCUCACCACCGCCUUUUUCAGAGACGCCAUGGGCUUCUUGUUAAUGUUUGACCUCACCAGUCAACAGAGCUUCUUGAAUGUCAGGAACUGGAUGAGCCAACUGCAAGCAAAUGCUUACUGUGAAAACCCAGAUAUAGUAUUAAUUGGCAACAAGGCCGACCUGCCAGACCAAAGAGAAGUUAAUGAACGGCAAGCACGGGAGUUGGCUGAAAAAUAUGGCAUACCAUACUUUGAAACAAGUGCAGCAACAGGACAAAAUGUGGAGAAGUCUGUGGAGACCCUUCUGGACUUAAUAAUGAAGAGAAUGGAAAGAUGUGUAGAGAAGACUCAGGUUCCGGACACGGUCAAUGGCGGAAAUUCUGGAAAGCUGGAAGGAGAAAAGCCAGCAGAAAAGAAAUGCGCCUGCUAGACACUCAUAGGAACCAGUGAAGAAGAGCCAACCC